AUGUCGGCGAACGUGGACACAGGCCAGGAGGCUGGCCUGAGCAAUACCGGUGACAAGGACAGGGACCUGCAGGUGCUGUUCCAGGAACUCUGCCAACUCCAGGCAAAACAGAGGAAGCUGAAGAGAGGUCAUAAGGUUUUUGAAGACUAUCUGAUCAAGGUCCUUGAGAAAGUCCCCAAGGGCUACAACCAAGGGGAGGAGCCAGAGGAGGCCCCGGUGGAGGCCAUGGUGGGGCACUAUGGGAAGCUCUUCGCAGUCAGCCAGGACAUCCAGAAGCUUCUGGAGGCCUUCUUCAAGAUGAGCCAGUUCGUGCACCAAAGCCUAGAGGAGUCUCUAGAGGGAGGCCAUAGGGCUCUUAUCCCGAGCCUCAAGAUCCGGCUGUGCCAGCUGCAGAAGAAGUGUCACCACAAGCAGGAGCAGUGGCGGCAGCUGGAACACAGUGUCACCUACCAGAAAGACACAGGCAGCUGUGAUGGCCGGCUGCUAAACUGCAUGCCAAUGGUCAUCAACAGCACGGCCCAGCAGUGCUGCGCCUCUGCCCACGGCAUGCCCAAGGGCACGGGUCUCUUCUCCAAGCUCGACCUCAUCCGGGAAUUUAUGUUGGACACAAUGGAGACUGUGAGAUUCAUCUCACUGCUCAGGGGACCCAGAGUGUGCUGGACAGCAGACAACCCCAAGGACCAGGGCCUCAGAAGGUACCCCAGACCAUUCAGGAAACAUUCAAAGAGUCAAGAUUCGAUCCCCAGGACCCCCUUUCCUGGCACCCAGACUUCAGAGUCCCCAGCCUGUACUGACACAACCCAGGGCCACCAGCCCUGCCAGCAUCACGACCAUCUCUUUACCUGCUUGGCCUCCUUUUUUCACCACCAGCGCUCCUGAGUGGGUGGGAG